AUGGAGCGAGUAAGGAAAACGUUCUUUGACCCGCUCGCAACAUCGAAGGCUCGGGUUCGAGAGAUCCUAGAGGCCCUUCCAAUCGGCUCUGCACACCCCUUCAGUCCCGAGCGGCUUCUUCUUUGUCGGACCGAGAGAGAUAUUGAUGAAAUUGAUGUCUCCUCCUAUCCAGAUGACUUUUUCUGCAAGGCCGUGGACAUGGGUGAGAUGAGUGAGAUCCUUCUCGGACGCAUGGCUGGGUAUCCGUCUCAUCUAGCGGUAUUUGAGGACUUUCAAAUCUUGCAAGCACCAGCACCAACGUUUAAGAUUCCCAUAGUGUCCGGCCAAAUUACACUCCUGGCAGUCUCUGAAAGAACGCCCACUUACUACGAUUUCUGCUUCGCAGAUGCAUCAAACAACGUGUGUUGCUGGAGUGCAAGAAAAACCUUUCCAGGAAUGACCCAUAGCGGUGAUAUUUACGCUAGAAAGGAUCUUCUAGCUUAUGUAAAAUUUGACAAGGACUCUUUCACAAAAGAGGAACUAUGUGUCUUCAUAUCUGGCUUCCGUUCGACCCCCAUAACAAGAUUUCUAGGAACCCAUCCUGCCGUGCUUGUUGCGGAUCAUGUGGAAAAGGUCCUUUAUGUCAUCCCGGUGCCCUUGGAUGAAGCGACAAUCGGACAGGCAACCAUCUGCUGUCCACUGGUGAUAAAGCGUGACCAGGACUCCCUUGUUUGUUCAAUCUUACCAACAGCAACAAAGGAUCUCAUGAUCAGCGCCAAUGGUGAUAAGUUGAAAAGCGCUUCCUUUGCGGAAGCGAUUGACCGUGCUGAUUUUACGAUCCCUGCUACUCCUUCAGGCGCUACAAAAAGUAGAUCUAGUCACUUCCCAAGCGAAGAAUCAGCAAAAGCUGACAUGCAUGCAGUUGCAGUGCCAAUUGGUGAUUUUACCGAAGAGAAACCCAGCUCGAUCACAGAAGCCUCGCGCAUGAUCACCAAAGAAAACGCCGUGUUUAUGACCGAUUCAGCCACUCUGCCUUCCUUCCUUAAUUCCAAAAAAGCGCAAAUCAUACGUUUUGGAACUGGUAUUGAGUUCCAAUUACCAGGCGGAGAACCUCCCACGAAAACCGACCCAUCCGCGAUUGUUCUACCAUGCAUAUUUGGUUCCCAACUUGAAGGGCCAUUCCUAUUGGCAACCGGAACAGUUCCUUCAAAUGUUCCCUUCGCUGACGAAACUGCUCUUCUGAACUACUAUAAGCAACUCAAGAGUGCUGUCGUAGUUGUGGAUGAUCGAAUGACAGAUAAUGCCCGCAAUCUCGCACCUAUCUACAGAAUCAAUGCACUCUUCAUCGUGCAAAUUAGUCCACAAAAUCAGCCCGGUUCGACCGGCGACAUCCAGUCGUUGUUGAACUCAGCGAAUAUCAACGCUGUCACAGCGCUCGCAGGCCCGCAAUCCUUGAUUCUCGUUCAAAUCUCCCAGAAGUAUUACUUCUACCGAGGGAUUGCUAACAGAGCCCACAUGAACACAUCCAAGCUCGAAUUUGGAGCCGACGUGACAUCCAUACUCGAGGCCGCAGGUAUGGAAUCUAUACUAGAUCCACGAAUUCAGCGCAUAAUUGCUCUUGUCAAUGAGACCCCGAUAAUUUUGCCCACUUUAGGCCAGUUGGUCUAUCCUCAGGAACUACAGAAGUUGCUUGAGAAGCUUCCAAUAGAAAAGAUUAAAGAGUUGGGAGAGGACAUAUCGGCAGUAGUUCCCCAGCUCCAAAUGCUCUUGAACGAAAAAGACCUACGAGAACUUUCCAGGGCCUUGGCAUUUUCACUCUCAACAAAGGCCAGCAGCUUGACAGCUACAUUGAGAGACACCUAUACCAAGUAUCUGAUCGAGGAGUACAAAAUGACAGAUCCAAUUUCGGCAAAGAAGAAGAAUGCUAUGCAUGGAGAAUUAAGAAAGCUCACCAGGGAGACGCAGAUUGCGCUUGAGCCACUAAUUUCGAGCUUAUCCAACAUGAUUUCUUCUCGAACAACCUCAAAACGGACACAUGAUUUAAAGAGACUUGUUCGUCAAACACAGAUUCAGACCAAUGUUGAUGUUGCCAAGUCUAUGACUUUUGGCAAAUUGGCGGAAUAUCUUGAAACAUACGCGGAAGAGAUGGGAGUGAUGCUAUUGAAUAUUGAGACGUCGACCUAUUCUGAGCUUCUGGGGAAUCUGAAAGGCACUGCCAUCGAUGCCAGUUCGUGCUGCAAUCUUGACUCAAGAGUUCUACAUCUUGAGGGAUUUGACGCGGGGAUUAUUAUAGAGCAGUCGCAGGCCAACCACAUUGGUCCUCUCCAAUGUAGAAAUGGUCCCUCCCACCCCAUUUUGGCGCUACCAUACCUGAGCCAGGGAUCGGGAACGGGAUCGAUGUUAGCUUGGGUCUGUUGGGAUGAAUUUGUUAACCUCGAAAGUCCUUACACCGUGCGAUGGAUGGAGAAAUGCAACGAUGCGCACAUUGCUGCCCUAAGAAUUAUCAUGAGAUCUACUCUCAGUCAAGCAGUCUCGGCCAGAGAGUAUAACAUUCAACCCAGCAGCUCAGAAACGGGUCAGCUGAUGGGCGCUUUAUUAAUGGCGGCUAUGUCGAAGCUUGCGGCAAUGAGGACAACUGCGCCGGUUGUGUCACAGCAGGCCGGGGAUACUGUGACAAGACUGAUGCGGGGACUCUUUGGCAAUCUUUUGACCAUAGCAGGCUCCGGAGUGCGCCCUCAAAGCAUGGUCUGGCAGCUUUUCGGUCUGAACCCACAAUUCCAUCUGCCCAAAGUCAAUGUUGAGUGGACUUGGUACGAAACCGUGGUCGCUUUGUAUCCUUACACCGGAUGGCCAUUUGAGCAGCUUUACGAAAAUCUGGAAAGGCUCCUUGACAAGUCCCUUGCGCGUAUGAUGGCCAGGAAUGAAAAAAAGCCUUGGGUGAGUGGGACAGAUCAGAUGAUCAUGUUUUCCAAGCGUCAGAACAUUCAGCUCCACCGUUCUCGCACUAUUAUUACCAUAUUUAUGCGGAUGCUUACGGCAGAGGAGUCAAAGAUUGCUCCCAUCGCAGCUCGUCUGCUAAAGCAUCUGCCACGAGAGUUGAAGCGGCAGCGUGAGGGCUAUGCCAAAAUGAUCCGAUAUCUUGACCAUCGUGCCAAGGGAGGCGAACGACGUUAUAAUGAUGAUCUCGUCAUCGCCAUAUCCUACACCACGCGCUCAGCUGCCUUUAACUCGUUAAAAAAGGAAGUAUCGGACGCGUGCAAGAGUAAGGAAUGGGUCAAGAUGAAAGAGAUAUGCCAAGCAAUUAUCGACAAACGUGUCGAAAUUGGUUCUCUCUGGCACAUUGACCCUGGCGCCUUGAAGGUUCCUCACAUAAAGUUGUACAAAGCUCUUCUGAACGCAGACUUCGGGGAUGAUACUGACGAGGCUACCAAGACCAAAAACCUCGAACUAAGCAGAGAUGCCUUUCGCGCCGCAGAGAGAGAGCGGAUCGCUUGGCAAGUCGGGAAGAAAGGUCAAUUCGGCCAUAAGAUUGAGCCUCUAGAUGAGGUUCUGCUUCACGAGAUUUUGUUCGGGCCAAAGUCAAAGUCUUUUACAGCCAUUGAUCCAGCUGAGCCAGGAACCACGACAACUGCCAUAGUCGAAACCAAAGCAGAUGAAUUCACGCAGUUCGAAUCGGCAAUGGAGUCUAGCUUCAUCGCUACCAUGCGGGAGGAGCUUUCGGCCGAAAAUGUCUGCCAUAUCAUUAAUGUUCCUGUUACCACAAUGCGCGUCUUUACCAAGGCUCUGAAUCCAAACUUGGUGUGGGAAAACUUGGGGAAGAACUUCAAGACUACAGUUUUGGGGUUGUUAAAGAAUCGUUUGAAUCAGGAAGGAAGCCGCCCGGUCAAGAAGUUGUUGGGCCUCGUGAGAGAUGGCAUGCUUCAAAUUGAUGAGUGA